AUGGAUCGUAGUUCAACUUCAACAUUUUCAACCUUAUUUGACGUUCCCGGUUUUUAUCCCAAUAACAAAAAAAUAAAGUUAAAUGAUCCAGAACCUAAUAUUGAAAAUAUCAAGUUGAAUGAUCAAGAACCCAAUACUAAACAAAUAAAGUUGAAUGAUCAUACUCCACAAAAAUCAAAUCAAUCUUGUAACGAUUCAUUGAAUGCUGGGGCAAAUGAUACUAAUGAUGUUAACGGUGCUAACAAUGAUGUUGAAGUAUUAACGAAAAAUUUAUCUCGACAACAAAAAUUAAAGAAAGAUCUUGCGGCUGGGAGAUUUCGAUUGAUUAAUGAAAAAUUAUAUACCACAAGUAGUUUAUCAGCAUUUAAAUUAUUUCAAGAGAAUCCUCAAACAUUUGAUGAAUAUCAUGAAGGAUUUCGAUCAGUAGUUAAAUCGUGGCCUACAAAUCCUGUUGAUAUUUUGAUAAAUUAUUUAAAUCAAAAACCCAAAGAUUGGAUUGUGGCUGAUUUAGGUUGUGGGGAAGGGAAAAUUGCUCAAAAAACAUCCAAUAAAGUUCUUUCUUUUGAUUUGGUAGCAAAAAAUGAUAUGAUUAUUGUAUCCGAUAUAGCAAAGCUUCCUAUACCAAAUUCAUUCUUCGAUAUUACAAUAUUUUGUUUGUCUUUAAUGGGUACAAAUUAUAUCGAAUUCUUAAAAGAAGCUCAUCGUGUCUUGAAACCAAUGGGUGAAUUGAAAAUAGCCGAGGUUGUAAGUAGAUUUUCAGAUAUUAAUGCUUUCAUUAAAGUUCUUGCUGAGAUUGGAUUCGAUUUUAUAAAAAAGGAUGAUUCAAAUAAAAUGUUUAUUAUAUUGGAUUUCAUUAAGUCUGCAUCACAAUUAAAGAAAUCAGAGAAAUCUCUCUUAGAAAAUGCUUCAAAGUUAUUAAAACCUUGUUCUUAUAAAAAACGCUAA